CACAAAUGUAACCACGUCAGACCAAAUUGGUGCCCACAUAAUUACGUGGACGAUGUAUCUUGAACCCAAUAACACAGUCGAGUGCAUUGGAAAUUGGAGGGGAGAAAGUGUUGGUGUGCUCUGUGCGGUGUGCAGUUUCAGCAUGGCGGAAGAGGAGAACAAUACCGUUACAAUGGUGAAGAAAAUUAACACCGGCGAUAAGUUUUCCGGUGGCGGAACUUAUGCAUGUGGCUUCUCGUCGCCUAUAUCUGCCACCACCGAUGUAUCGACAGUGCAGAAUUUGGCCGGAGGAAGCUCCUAUGAUGGGAAGGAUAGCUUCUAUGAAAAGCUUGACAAACUCAACGAGCCCUCUGGCCUUAGUCUGGCCUUUAACUUAAGACAAACAACUUUGGAUUUGCAUCUUUUCUAUGAAGAAGUCACUAAAAGAGGUGGAUUUAAUCAGGUCACCAAGGAUGCUAAGUGGGGUGAAGUUGCAUCUACAUUGCAUGUGAAAAGCAAUAUCACAAUGUUUCCGACUCAACUUCAGAAGGUGUAUGAAAUUCUCCUCCUCCAAUUUGAGCAACUGUAUUACUAUCGAAGUAGAGAAAAAGGAACCAUGCAACCACCUAGUCAAGUUUCUGAUGCUGCUAGGCUAGAACCAGUAAAAGGUUCUGGGGAUAGGUCAAAUGACUCUGCUGGGAAGAGGAAAUUUUGUGACCGGUCAUCUCCUGUGGUAACCUUGCCCUCUAAUGAUGGGAACGGUCCAAUAGACAAAGGGAAAUGUAUUACUGAUAGUCGCGUAGUUUCGACAGUAGGGCCCGAGACGCCAGAGCAAAAAUCUCAGAGUUCAUCAACCCACAAGUAUAUGAGGAAAGACCCCGGUGCUCCAAUAAGAUGGAGGAGCUCAUAUCAGAUGUACAUCAAGUUGGAAUGUGAAAGACUAAAGAAAGUAUUUGGUGAGAGUUCUGGUACUAAGAAUAUCAGAGACAUGGCAAUUAGUGCCUGGAAGACAAUGUCUGAAAAUGACAAAGAGCCUUAUGUUGAAGCAAGUAAGUUGGAUAAGGAAAGAUAUAACCGAGAAAUGGCUGCUUAUGAACACGUCAAGAACAAGGAAACUGCAAAUAGUCCAAACUUGCACAGGGUUUUAGCCCCGAGUAUGAUCGACUUUGGUGCACCAUCAAGAAUUGAUGAUAGGUAUUAUGUGACUUCGCAAGCUGAUACUGUAAGCAACACUGUCCCUGAUGCAUCCUUUAUCGAGUCCACAGUGCAAAUAUCGGAUAAUGGCAAUUCAAGUAACCCCACAUUUCAGAUGGAUUGGGGCUAUUUUGCCUAGUCGAGGCAAAGUUUCAGUUUUCUAGCUUACUGGUUCUUGGAAGGUAUGUAUUGCAUUCUGUCUGAAAGUACCUAGUAUCCUUAGCAUGGUGCUUUGAAAGAUGUAUAUAGCUUGUAGUCUUUGGAAAUUAGCGUGUCAAGAAACAGAAUUUCUAGGUUGUAGAGGGGUGUGAACAUGAAAAAUGCAGUUCGCUGCCUGCAAAUUUUGUAGAAGGGUCCAUGUGUGCUCUUCUGUUAUGGGAAGUUUCCAUAGAUUUUGUAUAAGCGAUACCAACUUUUGCAUCUUUUCAAGUAGUAUAUAAACUUUUAUGUAAGCUAUUUAUAUUGGUAGGGAUCUGUGUUUCACAUUGUUAUUGUUAAAA